AUGUUCUGCUACCACUGCCCGCCCGCACUACAUCCAGGAGCUCCACAACCGCGGCUGCCCACUUUGGAAUAUCCUUUUACCCCAACACAUCCAUACACAAGUUACUCUUACCAUCCUGCAAUCCACGACGACACUUUCGUUAGAAGGAAACAAAGGCGGAAUAGGACGACAUUCACCUUGCAACAGCUAGAGGAGUUGGAAAGUGCUUUUGCGCAAACACACUAUCCAGAUGUUUUUACUAGAGAAGAUUUAGCGAUGAAGAUUAACUUGACGGAAGCUAGGGUUCAG